AGUAUCUACCUAAUAUACUAUUUUUAGUUCAUGAGAAUGAUGAAGAAUAACCUUUAUAGGAGAAAUAAGAGUAUAAAUGAUAAGGAACUAUUGGAUAAAGCAAAUUAAGAAUGUAAAAGCAGAUCUGGGAAAUAAUUUAAGGAAUAAGAGAAAAAAAGAAAGGAAGAUAAUCAAACAUCGUAAAGAAGAUAAUAAUGUUGAUUUAGGUAACUUAGAAUUAGAAGAUGCAUAUUUGACCCAAUAAGAUAUUCAAAUUUGAAGGUGCUUUCAUAAUCGUAGAAUGACGAUAUAUUUACUACUAGGUAAGAAUAUAAGAGAAUGAAAUAUGAAAGAAUCAUUUAUGAUAAUUUAAUUUUAAGGAAAGUAAUCUAAUUAAUUUAGAUCAUUUGUGAUCAAGAGAACUAAAUAGGAAGGAGUUAAUAAUUAAUUACAUAUAAAUAUUUAAUUAAUUUAAGGAGUGUGGCUGAUUUUAUUAUUCUAAAUCAAAAUGAAUGA